ACUUUCAUUCAACCGGCGUCAGUUGAAUUCAAAAAGCCGAAGCGAUAACAGCUAAAAGCAAAAGUUACCUUUCAAAAAGAUAAAUUUGAAAAAGAAUCUUAACGCAUUUAAGAUGGCAAACCUACCGUUAUUAUUGAGCCUUGCCGACGAUUUGGGACGUAUGUCCAUGGUUCCCUUCUAUGAGCCAUAUUACUGCCAGCGCCAGAGAAAUCCUUACUUGGCCCUGGCAGGACCCUUGGAACAACAGUUGCGCCAGCUGGAGAAACAGGUGGGCCCUUCAUCGGGAUCCUCGGGAGUCGUUUCGAAAAUCGGAAAGGAUGGCUUCCAGGUCUGCAUGGAUGUGUCGCACUUUAAGCCCAGCGAGCUAGUCGUUAAGGUGCAGGAUAAUUCAAUCCUGGUCGAAGGAACUCAUGAGGAACGCGAGGAUGACCAUGGCUUCAUCACCCGUCACUUCAUCAGGCGUUAUGCUCUGCCCGAGGGCUAUGAUUCCGAUAAGGUGGCCUCCACUUUGUCGUCUGAUGGUGUCCUUACUCUGAAGGUCCCCAAACCACCGGCAAUCGAGGACAAGGGCAACGAGCGCAUCGUUCAGAUCCAGCAGGUGGGACCCGCUCACUUGAAUGUCAAGCAGAAUCCCAAAGAGCAGGUGGAGCAGGACAACGGCAACGAGAAGUAAAGGAUCCGUUGCCGAAGGAAACGCUGUAUUUAACCAUUAUCAAAGUCAUGUAUCUGUUUUAUAAGCUGUAGUUAACCGGGGACACUCUAACAUACCAAUAAGCCAUUAAGGGUGUCCUGCUUUAAUCUUAGUUUGGAAUAUCUAUCACUGAAAUUGGCUAAUUUACUAUUACAAAUAAAAAAAAUAAAAUAUCAUAUAAAUAUA